UUAUUUAUUACAGCGUUUCACACAGUGCUACUAAUUUAAGUAAUUCUUCUCUUCUCCUCCACUUCCUCCUCCUCCUCCUCUAAAUCCCUCAAUUCCUCUGAUCCAAUUUGACUCUUUUUGUUCGUUUUCUUCCCUGCUGAUCCAAUCCCAUUUAGCUCAAGAGUCAGAGUUUCUGUGAAUUUUGUGUGGUUUUGGUUUCUGAUUUCUCCGCAUCAUCGUUGAUCGUUUGAAAGAAACAAUGGAGACGGAGAUGCCCCCUAUGGAUCCAGAAGGAAUUGACGGAGUACGGAUGACAUGGAACAAUUGGCCCCGGACCAAAGUCGAAUUGAGCAAGUGCGUGAUCCCACUGGCCGCAUCCGUCUCUCCGAUCCGGCCACAUCCCGAGAUUUUCUCGGUGCCGUACCCGCCUCUCCGGUGCAAACAGUGCACCGCCGUCCUCAACCCCUUUUGCCGGUUGGAUUUCGCCGCCCUAAUUUGGAUCUGCCCAAUCUGUUACCAAAGGAAUCACUUCCCCCAGCAUUAUUCGUCGAUUUCGGAGACCAAUUUCCCGGCGGAGCUUUACCCUCAAUACAGUACCAUUCAGUACACCCUCCCCAGCGUUCCUCAGCAAAACCCUAAUCAAAACCCUGGAUUCUUCGAUGGCUCCGAGAAUAAUUCUACUAUUUAUUUGUUUGUCUUGGACACAUGUAUGCUUGAGGAGGAAUUGGAAUUCGCAAAAUCGGCUGUGAAAAGGGCUAUCGGGGUGUUGCCGGAUAAUGCUAUGGUGGGCUUCAUAUCCUACGGGACGCAGGUUACCGUUCACGAGCUUGGAUUUUCCGAAUUGCCCAAGGUUUACGUUUUUAGAGGGUUUAAGGAGUUGUCAAAAGAUCAGGUUUUGGAGCAGUUGGGCAUUUCUUCUGGAGGCAGCCGCCGUGGAAUUCGUAGAACUGGUGCUAGCCCUGUAGGGAUUCCUGAAUCAGGGAUUUCUAGGUUUUUGUUGCCUGCUUCUGAGUGUGAAUAUACCCUAGACACGUUAUUGGAUGAGCUCACUACGGAUAGAUUCCUAGUGCCACCAGGAAAAAGGGCCUCGCGGUGCACUGGAGUUGCGCUAAGUGUAGCAGCUAGUUUGCUUGGCGCUUGUUCAGCCGGUACCAAUGCUAGAAUAGUUGCUUUAGUUGGAGGACCAUGCACAGAAGGGCCAGGAGCGAUUGUUUCUAAAGAACUGUCAGAUCCUGUUCGAUCACACAAAGACCUUGAUAAGGAUGCUGCCCCAUAUUUCAAGAAAGCUAUUUCCUUUUAUGAAGAAUUAGCCAAGCAGCUAGUGAGCCAGGGUCAUGUUUUAGAUGUUUUUGCUUCUGCUCUUGAUCAGGUUGGAGUUGCUGAGAUGAAGGUUGCCAUUGAAAAAACUGGUGGCCUUGUUGUUUUAGCUGAGAGCUUUGGCCAUUCAGUAUUUAAAGACUCCUUUAAACGUUUUCUGGAAGUCGGGGAACAGUCUCUUGGUCUCUCCUACAAUGGCACACUGGAGGUAAUCUGCUCUAAGGACAUCAAAGUUCAAGGCGCUAUUGGACCUUGCACAUCUUUGGAGAAGAAAGGGCCGGCCGUUGCUAGCACAGUCAUAGGAGAAGGAAAUACUACUGCUUGGAAGUUGUGUGGAAUUGAUAAAACUACUUGUUUGACUAUCUUCUUUGAUAUAUCUGCAAGUGAGAAAUCAGAUCCUUCAGGAGUAAAUCCACAUUUAUUCUUGCAGUUUCUUACUAGCUACCAGAGCCCUGAGGGUCAGUCACUGUUGAGAGUCACAACAAUUACGAGAAAGUGGGCCGAUAGUGCUCAUGGUGCAGAGGACUUGGUCCAAGGAUUUGAUCAAGAAACCGCUGCUGUAGUCGUUGCUAGAUUUGCUUCUUAUAAGAUGGAGAGUGAGGAAAAUUUUGAUCCUACACGUUGGUUGGAUCGGAGCCUGAUUCGGCUUUGUGCUAAGUUUGGUGACUAUCGGAAAGAUGACCCAUCCUCAUUCACUUUGAAUCCGUUCUUUUCGUUAUUUCCUCAGUUCAUGUUUAAUCUACGACGAUCACAAUUUGUGCAGGUUUUUAAUAAUAGUCCGGAUGAGACAGCAUAUUUCCGUAUAUUGCUGAACAGAGAGAGCAUUAGCAACUCUGUUGUCAUGAUUCAACCAUCAUUGAUGACAUAUUCUUUCAAUUCACUUGCUCCUGUACCAGCUUUACUAGAUGUGGCAUCCAUUGCCGCUGACAGGAUUUUGUUGUUAGAUUCAUACUUCAGUGUUGUCAUUUUCCACGGGAUGACAAUCGCACAAUGGAGGAAGAUGGAAUAUCAGAAUCAGCCUGAACAUGCGGUAUUUGCACAACUUUUGCAAGCUCCUCAAGAUGAUGCCCAACAAAUUAUUCGUGAGCGGUUCCCUAUUCCGAGGCUGGUGGUCUGUGAUCAGCAUGGUUCACAGGCAAGGUUUUUACUGGCAAAGUUGAAUCCAUCAGCCACAUACAGUAAUGCGCACGAGAUGGCAGCUGGAUCAGACAUAAUCUUCACCGAUGAUGUGAGUCUUCAAGUGUUUAUUGAACACCUUCAGCGGCUGGCCGUCCAAUCCUCUUAAGCCAAGCGAAAGAAGGUUUAGGAACUCUGUUCAUGUGUUGUAUGCAUUCUUUGUAAAACCAUCCCCGGGUCACCGUGCAAGAGACAUCUCCAUUCUCCCUCCCAUAUGGUUACACUUCCGUUGAUUCUAGUGCUUCCCUUUUCUUAGUCGAUUCACAAAUCAGAGAUCACACACCUAGUUCUUUAAAGCUUAAGGGAAAGGAGUCAGAAUCCUUUUUAGAUGUGGGUUCUGGGAGGUGAGCAUGUUUCUUUGACAAUCUAAGGAGCAGGGUAGAUUUACUUUUUAUUUUUAUUUUCUCUCUUUAAAGUUAUAUAUUAAUUAAUAUAUACUGAUGAGAAAUCUUUCACAAUAGUGUUACUCUUUUAAGUACUUAUGAACUUUGCGUUUCCUCUGUAAGGUUAACUUUUUGAGGGUUAAGGGUUUACAUUGUAUUUUUGUAACAUUUUUUUUGGGUAGAGGAAUAUAUUUGUAUUCUUGUUUGACCCUGUGGUCACACAAAUUUUGUCGUACAUGAAUUGAUUUAAUCUUUUUUUUUUUUUUUAUAAUUCAACCAUCAGUUAAGAAAAACUAAUGCCA